AUGGAUCCCAACCCAAUCACCCUCCCAACCCCCUUCUCCUCAAUCCCCCGAACCUCCCUCCUCCUCGGCCCCUCACCAAUCCACCCCCUCCCCCGCAUAACAGCCGACCUGGCCAACAACAAUCCCAAACCAAAAGUAACCAUUUACGCCAAACGCGAUGAUCUGAAUUCCGCCUUCGCCUACGGCGGCAACAAGACCCGCAAACUGGAAUAUCUGCUUGCCGACGCUCUCGCCCAAGGAUGCGACACCCUCGUCUCCAUCGGCGGCGUCCAGAGUAACCACACCCGCCAGGUUGCGGCCGUUGCUGCGCGCUCGGGUCUCAAGGCCCGUCUUGUGCAGGAGCAUUGGGUCGACUGGUCUGAUAAGGGGUAUGAGGAUACGGGCAAUAUUCAAUUGUCUAGACUUAUGGAUGCGGAUGUCAGGCUUGAUCCGUCGGGCUUUGGUAUCGAGCAUAAGAAUACCGCUGCGGCGGUUGUGAAGGAGGCUGAGGCUAGUGGGGAGAAACCUUACUAUAUCCCUGCUGGUGCGUCUGAUCAUCCGCUUGGUGGGCUGGGUUUUGCGCGCUGGGCGUUUGAGGUCAGGGAGCAGGAGCAGAAGAUGGGUAUUUUCUUUAAUACUGUGCUUGUCUGUGCGGUUACGGGGUCAACUUUUGCUGGCAUGAUUGCCGGCUUCAAGCUGUUGGAGCGCUUGUACCCUGAUGAUCCGAAGCGCAAGGUCAUUGGGAUUGAUGCUUCGGCGACGGUGGAGGCUACUUUUGCGCAGGUUUUGCGUAUUGCGAAGAAUACGGCGGCUAAGAUUGGUCUCUCCGAGGAUGAUAUCACUGAGGCGGAUGUGAUUUUGGAUGAUCGUUAUCAUGCUGGUAUUUAUGGCAUUCCUGAUCGUCAGACUUGGGACGCUAUUGAAUACGCAGCUCGCAUGGAGGCCUUCAUCACUGAUCCUGUGUAUGAGGGAAAGAGUUUCGCGGGUAUGGUUGAUAUGAUCCGCCGCGAUGAGAUUGAAGAAGGGAACAUUUUGUAUGCCCAUCUCGGUGGACAAUUGGCUUUAAACGCGUACUCUGACCUUGGCCGGACCAAGGAAUAG